AUGCUCAACGACUGGUCGAUGUUGUCCGGUUCUUUUGCAAAUCCACUGUAUUUCUUCGCAACCAAUACUACCAAUGUCACACAAGCGGAGAUGUGGGUCCGUCUCCCUGACAUCCUCGAAUUCUUCUUCGUUGCUCAUCCUUCAUCGGGGCGACGGGAAGGCGAGGAACAUCAGCGCAUUAUGUAUUUCUAUCCGAAAGGGGAGACCUUAGAUCGUCAGGCAGAGAUUACUGGAUUUGCGGAAGCCGUUGUCAAUUUUACGGACAACUUCGUAAGCCCUCAAGAGCAGGCAGAGAAACCUGAAUUUCCUUUUCGAACUGUAUCCACGCAGAAGUCAGAGCAUGUCUACAUACAAGUGGAAGAUUGCGAGUUUCUUAUUGGCCUUGCGCUUUCUAAGAUUCAGUACGCUGCAGUUGAAUAUUCUGUCUUUCUACCUGCAAUCCAAAACGUUUUAACAGACGUCUACAAGAUGUUUCGCCUUUUCUUUGGAGAAUUCAGUCCGUUCAGGAAAAGAAACGAGCAAAAGUUCAAGGAACGCCUUGAGUAUUUUCUCGGGUCGUUACCUUCCUCUGCUAAAACUACACAGGUGAUACAGAAGAUUCUCAUCUUGUAUCAGGAUAAAGUGCUAUACUAUUCUCUAUCUCGACGUGAUCUCCCAUCUUUAUUCCGUUAUCUCACUCAAAGUCUCCUGCCGAUGACCAUUGGGGAUGAAUUAGACUACCAGUCCCGUUCAACACAAGGUCGUUUCUUGCGAGGACCGUCCGACCUCUCAACAGAUGCGCCGUUAAUUGGAGAUGAUGCUCUUCCAACAGUUCAUCUUUUCAAUGCUGUCGACGACGAAGAUAACGAGGAACUCGUCAAGUACAAUAUGGUGGGAGACCAAUGA